CGCGGGUGGGGUUAGUAUGAACUGCAACAGAAGGUCAGCUAGCUUUUCUCUUUCUCUUUGGGAGCAGCCACAGCUGCGAGGUCGAGAAUGAGUGCGUCUGUCCUGCCGUCCAUCUGUCCUGCCGGCCGGAGUCCCGAGGCCGCGGUCAGGGAAUGAGGGGUUCCUGGGGCGGGCAUGGAGCCUCUACCUGGCUGGGGGCCAACCCCCUGCAGCCCGACCCCCGCGGCUGACGCCCUGAGGCUGGCCCUGAGCCUCCUCCUUCUGAGAGCCCCGCCCUGCGCACUGGGGAAGCCCUCAUGCAAAGAGGUGGAGUUCCCGACGGGGUCCAUGUGCUGUCCCAAGUGCUGGCCAGGCUUCUGGGUGCAGGAGGCCUGCGGGGAGCUCAGGACCACAGUGUGUGCGCCCUGCACCCGGGGCACCUACACUCCCCACCUCAAUGCCCUGCCCGAGUGUCUGCCGUGCCGCGUCUGUGACCCAGGCCUGGGCCAGGUGACCAGACAGAACUGCUCCACCCGGACCGACACCGUGUGUGGCUGCGAGCGCGGCCACUUCUGUGAGCGACAGGACGGGGACUCCUGUGUCCAGUGCAGGCCCCACAGUGUCUGCCGCCCGGGCCAGAGGCUGCGGGAGACAGGCACCAAGUGGCAAGACACGCUGUGUGAAGACUGCCAGCCGGGCACCUUCUCUGCGGGGGGCACCCAGGCAGCCUGCACGCCCUGGACCAGGUGCAGUGGCCCACUUACCUGGGAAGCGAAGCCAGGGACCAACAGCUCAGACGUGACAUGCUCCCCCGGGGGCCCCGUCAUCAUCAUCAGCGUCAUCCUCGUCAUCGCUGUCAUUUCUGUGCCACGUGUGUUCAGGGCCAUCAGGGACAGAAGGUCACGUGGUCAACUCGCCCGACCGAAAGCCUUUCCUGGGGUACUGCUCCCUGUCCCCACCCUGGCGGGGACAGGGGAGCCGGCAGAGAGGAACAGGCGUCGGGACCUGCAGACCCCCCGGGUCCAGCCAGACGUCCCCACGGAGCCCGUGGAGGAGACAGCAUCCGUGUUCCCUCAGAGGACCCGCCACCUGACACAUGUCGUCUGGAUUCAGGCGCCUGAGCUAUCUCCGCAAGGCUGCUGGCAGUGGCCAGGCCCCCAAAGACGACAUACGUGGUCAGUGAAGUCGCGGGACCCCCUCCUGGUCGCCAGCCCGCACCUGGCUGAGGAGGAGACCACCCCCUGCGCCGGGGCCUUUGGUGUGAGAAGCCAUUGGUUGUCUUCAUUAUCAGAGGAGUGUAACCACGGAGCACUGGUGAACCUUGAGCCCUGGCAAGGGCCAGAGCUAUGCACCAAUUGUUUAGUGCAGACAGUGGGGGCUCAAGCAAUUUCCUGACCAAAUAGUCUCAGAGAAAAUCUUUCUAAUAUUUCCUGACCUUUAAUAUAGUCUGUCUGUUACCGCAAUUACCUGCCUGACUAAGAGCUAGACUUGUAAUCAAAAUUGGAAAAAAGGUUGGCAAGGCCUGAGCACGAGUGGAAGUCCUUCCCCUUGGAUUGGGCUUCCCGCCAGGACCCCAAUAUUUCCAAAUUGUCAUUUCUUGUCUUCUCUCUGUCAUUUGUGCGCGGCCCUUCUCCAGAUCCUGAACCCCGAACCAGGCAGGAUGUGGGUCAUCACACUUUGGGACCCCCCG